UACACUAACGAGCACUCCCCCACAACAGGUGCUAUAGAAAUGGAGGACUGUAUGAAAGCUGGAGGAUCAAUCAAGGAAAAGUGUUCCGAGAUCGAGAAAGAGGUGGGGCCAGGAUGCUCCAAGGGUCACUGCUGCUGCGCUCUCCUAGAUGUAUGCUUGGGCAAUCCAAUGUGCGACGACGGACGAGGCCUGUGCCGCACUGCCUGCCGCGAUGGGGAGGAGGUGAAGUACGGGCUUUGUGGUGCUCACUGCAAAUGCUGCGUUGCUAUUAAUGAAGUGCUAACGGAGGUGAAGGAUUGCGUGGAGGAGGGAGGCGUAAUCAAGGAGCAUUGCACUUCACUGGAGAAACCGCUGGCCGGAGGAUGCUCGUCCGAUCACUUUUGCUGUUGCGCGCCUCGUGAUGCUUGUACAACGCACCCACUGUGUGAUGAUGGAUUUGGGGUGUGUCGAACGUGGUGCCUCAAAAUGGAGCGUGAGGUGCCUGGCUGCGGGCAUCACUGCAAGUGCUGCACGGUUCGGCCAGCUGUGUGCAGCAACCACGGCAGCGAUUGCCCAGGAACGUGCGUAGACGAGAGACUGUGCCCUCACGACAAACACCCAACAUUUACUUGCUCGGGAAAUAGUUGCACUUGCUGCUUAACAAUCCUGACACCGGCUGAGAAAGAGGAGCUGGGCUUGCAUAUCUGAGUACGACCACAUGGACAAGAAAUUGGACAUGAAGGAGGGCUUGUGCACGCCAUCUGCAUCAUAAUGUACUUUGUUUUACUUUGUAUAGUUUUGCUCACGUGUUCAUUUUUGUCGUGCGGGUCAUAUCAGUCGGUAAGAAAUUUAGUCUAAACCGUAUCGGUUAUUUUUUAUAACAUGUAUUUUAUCUGUGUUUGCCCAAAUUCCUUAGAACUGCGUGUCUGCGGUAAUUAUCAGAGUUUGUCUUGCAAACAAAUCAUAUAUCAGUGCUGCAAGUUCCACGAAAUAUUUUCCAAUAUCAUCCAUUUUCCUAAUUCAGUGUUACAAGAAAAGGAUAAAUAUUUCAUUGGGCAUGUCCAACUCGAUAGUUACUGUUCAAAAUAAAUACAAAAGAUCAUGAAAUACCUAACAGGUGUCCAGUGAAGAAAUUCACUGCAUAAAUAGAAGUAGUGAAUAUUAUAUUAAAAAAUAAAAUAUUUAAUUGUU